AUGACUGGGGCUUUAUUAGCCCAAGAAAUUGAUCACUCUGAAAAUGAGAUGGCUUUUGACUUUCUGGGCAGAGUCCCACAUGUAUCGUUAUAUUCCACUGAAUUACAGAGCACCCACAAAACUAAUCUUCAGAAACCAGACUGUGAGUUGGUUUUGCCAGCUGAGUUCAGUCAGCAGCAGCCUUCAUGUGGAAUAGAGGCGUCCGAAGGUCUUCCAGAGGUUUUACAGGAACAGACCUCCUUUAGCCAUCAGUACGAUGCCAGAGACUCUGCUAAUGAACCCAUUCAAGGAAAGCGACAUGGAGCUUUUGUGUGUGCAGAGAUAAAACCAGCAAAGUCGAUAGUUCCUAAGGGAACAGAAAUAUUCCUGAGUGCUAGAGGGUCAUGUUCACUAGAAUGGCCAAAAACAGAGAAAGGAAGCUCAGUGGAAAGCCGAAUGACCUCACCCAGUCUCUUCCUGCAGAAUUCCUAGGAGACAGUAGGCUCUGAAAAUCACUUAUCAAAACCAGACGUCAGAGAAAUAGCCAAGGCAUACCCCAGAAUUCCUGUGAGAGGACACAAAAGUUCAGGCAUUUCUCAGACAAGCAAGGUAGAUGUUGACUGCACUGCUGGGGAGGAGUCCUUUGCAUCCUGCAAUGAAAUGGCCUUUGAUAGAUGAGUGAGGGGGUUACCUACGGUAUGUAAAAACAUGCAGACACUGAUAUCACCAUCAGCAACUGAAACAAACAGAGCCUAGAGUCACUGUUAGGCCAUUGCAUUUGCUUAUUCUAAUAUCAAUAACACCAAACACAAGCUGACACCAGUGAAUUGUUGGAGGGAACACAAUACUUCUUUGACGUACUAACAGCUGCACUAUGCUUUGAUGUCUCUAGAAAACUGUAUGUUUAUCAGAGUCUUUUUUUGUUAUGGUGAAAUUUCACUGUCUUCCCUGGAGCCCUCUUGAUUCUUUCUAUACAUUCUACGUAAGAUGAUUUUUACAUUAGUAAAUACUUUCAGAGCUGCUGGUUAGAACUCACUGUAAUUCAUGAAAAAGUACUUCAUUUUUCAAGCCAGUUAUACUUGUCCUUUUAUUUUUUUGCUGGUUGCUAGGUGUUUUAUGUAAAUGGUUUGUAUUUACACCAUCUCUUUGGAUGCUGCAGUGUGAAACGUAAUUUUGCAUGCCAUGUGGUGUCAGCUUGUGAUAAAUGGAAGCCAUUGUUGCUUCCAUAGGAAACAAUGACAGCCAAGAGGGACAAUUUGCUGCAGUCCACAGGAAUGCAAAAAUAAUAUAUCACUGCUCUCUACAGCUAAUGAAGAGCUUGAAGCAAGCCCUUUCGAGGGAGAAUAGAAUGCUUUUACAUAAGAUUUAAGUCUAUAAUUUUUUUCAUAUUAGAGCACAUUAAACAAGAAAACAGCUAAUUUACUCUA